ACUUUUCAUCACCAGUCACCUCGAACCAGCAAAACAUAGGCCGCGCUAGCCGUUCAGGGCCGUGCACGUAGAAUCCCCUAAUGGAGGAGAAUGAUGUAGGCGGUGGAGCAGUCCAAUCUAGGAGCGUUUCACUCUUCGGAGACGACCGGUCGAGAGAGAAGGCGCUCAAGGAAAAAAAUUGCCAUCCGGUAAACCAGAGCGGACGAAUCCACGUCUUAUUCAUUCAUCCACCUUUCUCCAUCCCGUCAAGCUUGCUGCUGUAGUAUACUCGUUUCGUCCCGCCCAUAUCCUCUGUCAACGAACUCGACUGUCCUUCCCACAAGCCCUCCAUCUUUGCAACAUGCCGACCUUUGACGAUUCCGAUUUGGGUCCGCAGUCACCUCUGCAAAAGACAGCCUCCCGCGACAGCCAACGACACCAGCGCAUCCCCAGCCGUCAUGGCAGCCUUGCAGUCGGGAGCUACGGAGCCAACCUCGCCAUACCCGACGACGGUGAGGGUCCCAUCGAAGUCCCCGCUACCAGGAGCUCCAUUGCCGAUGCCCAGGCAUACAUGCACAGCCUCAGCUUGUCGCCUUCCAUGAGGGACCGGAGAGGAUCGCGCAACUCCUUUGGAGCCGCCCUCCCCAUUCCCCGAUCCAAGAGGCGCUCUCGUCUGUCCUCGGUACACUAUCUCGGUGAAACUGAGCAGAGACCGGGCUUGCCCCCCGUUCAACCUUCGCGGGAAAUCCUCGCUGCCCAGGUCCAGGAUCUCGCACAUGAGAAGGUCCGCGCCGCCAAGGACAUGGCCUUCGUCUUCGACAUUGACGGUGUCUUGGUCCACGGUGACCGUCUGAUUCCCGAGGGCAAGCGUGUGCUGGAAAUCCUCAACGGUGACAACCAGCUCGGCAUCAAGAUCCCACACAUCUUCCUCACCAACGGAUCAGGCAAGCCCGAAGCCGCUCGUGUCGACCAGCUCUCCAAGAUACUCCACUCUCCCAUCUCCACCGACCAGUUCAUUCAGUCCCACACCCCUAUGAGGGCCUUGGCCGAGUACUACAAGACCGUGCUCGUUGUCGGUGGUGAGGGAUACAAGUGUCGCGAGGUUGCCGAGGAAUACGGCUUCCAAGACAUCAUCGUCCCCAACGACAUUGUUGCCUGGGAUCCCACCAUUGCUCCUUACAGAGUCUUCACCGAAGAAGAGCGCAAGACUGCCAGACCCCGCGACUUCUCCAAGAUCAACAUUGAAGCCAUCAUGGUCUUCUCCGACUCUCGUGAUUAUGCCACCGAUAUGCAAAUCAUCGUUGAUCUCCUCCGCAGUGAGAACGGCAGGCUCGGCACGAUUGCAAAGGAUCCCGUCUCCCAGAGAAUCCCCAUCUAUUUCUCCCAGGGAGACCUCCUUUGCCCUACCGAGCACCCAAUUCCGAGAAUGUCGCAGGGCGCGUUCCGGAUCGGACUCGAGGCCAUGUACAAGGCCCUGACCGGUGUUGACUUGGAGCGUGUUGUCUAUGGCAAGCCUGAACUGGCCACGUACAAGUAUGCCGACGAGGUCCUGGCCAGCUGGAUGGAGGAAAUCCACAACGACCAACGCCUGCCCAGCAACAUCUAUAUGAUCGGCGACAACCCUGCAUCCGAUAUCAUUGGUGGCAAUAUGUACGGCUGGAACACCUGCUUGGUACGCACCGGCGUCUUCCAAGGUGGGGAGAAUGACGAGGAGAAUCCCGCCAGCUUUGGCGUCUUCGCCAACGUCUUGGAAGCAGUGCAAGCUGCUAUGCGCAAAGAGUUGGGCCAAGACUUCAAGUUCAACUUUGAUGAGCGCAUCAAUCCCGUGCUGCAUGGCAACAGCAUGUCCGCUAUCGAGUAAGACUCUUUGGGUGGUCGGCAUUAGCAGGCGUUUUCCCUUCUUCUUUUUUUUUUUCUUUCAUGGCAUAUAUCCAAUGAGUCGGACGUGGCUGUC